AUGAAUGAUGCGUUGGUAGAAAAACUUUGUGCUAAAAGCACGGAUCCUUCAUUUUGUGCAAAUGCUCUAAAAUCUGAUCCUCGUAGUGCCAUCGCAGACAUCACAACUUUUGAGCAAAUUGCGAUCAACUUGACAAAGGCCAAUGCCACGGAUACCUGGAAUUUUGUGAACUUAAAUGCAGGACAAAAUAAUGAUCCUAAGAUCAAAGCCGCAUAUCAACGAUGUUCUCCUCUUUACGAAGAUAUAAUAGCCGCCACUGAUGAUGCAACAACAUCUUUGGAAGCUCUAGACUAUCGUGAUCUGGACACUGAAGGAGAAAGUAUCAUGGAUAGUGCAGACGAAUGUGAUCAACUUUUCACAAAACCUUCCCAAAUGUCAGAUAGAAACAGAUUUGCUAGACUUUUGGGUGAGAUGAUUGCCUUAAUCGGUGAUGUUUUGAUUUCUGGAUGA